CUACGCCCCUUUACAAAGGAUUUUGUAUAACAUUUACGUAAAAAUCGGGAUGGUCUUCUUAUACGUCCUUUGCAUCGCUCAAAUAUUAGACAUUAUCUUGAACGUGGAGAAUCAGAACGAAUUUACUGAAAAUUUCGCUAUCACUUCGACAGUGUUCAUGAUCGCAUUGAAAUUCAUCAUGAUAUCAACGCGACGUGUAAACAUCUUAAUUUUAAUCGAACAGCUGGAUAAGGACCUUUUUUCGCCUGUGACUAAGCAAGAAAUAAAAAUUCGAUCGGAAUUCGAUAAAAUAAUCGAAUGGACUACCAAGGCAUAUACAAUGAUACUCGGCUUUUUCGCGUGCGGGAUGUUUCUUGCAACGAUUGCUAUUGAUUUCAAGGGAAGAAAAUUAGUCAGUCGAAUCUGGACACCUUACAACUAUUCGUCUACAAGUUCCUAUCUCCUUACUAACGCUUACGAAUUCAUAUCAGCGAUAUUUGCUGUUUCCGUAUCUAUUGCUUGUGAAACCCUUUACGCAGCUUUGUUACUUCACAUUUGUUGCCAGUUCGAAAUUCUUCAGCAUCGUUUUAAGACUCUCGAUGGACAAGAAAAUUAUAUGGUGAACCAGUGUGCUUCUCAUCAUCAUCAGAUAUACAUGUUUGCAAGAAGGGUUAACAGUGAGUUUAAAGGAAUUGUAUCGUGUCAAUUUUUCACUAGCAUGUCAGUGCUGUGUCUAAAUCUCUACCAAAUGACGAAUUCAGAGAAAUUAUCAAUGUGCAUGAAAUCAGUGCUCUACUCGAUAUGCGUGUUCUCGCAGAUAUUUUAUUAUUGUUUCUACGGGAAUGUAGUCACAGAAAAGAGUACCGACUUUCCUGAUGUAAUAUUUGGCAGCGAUUGGCCGUCGUGGAACGAUAGCUCUAAGAAGAUUUUACUGAUGGUCAUCAGGCGUUCAAGAGUACCCGUCGAAUUUACCAGCAUGCACGUGGUAUCCCUGAAUCUGAAAUCUUUUAUGUCGGUCAGUAGCAAGUAUUUACAAUGUCAACUAUACGCUUCAAUUUAUUUACUUCUCUUUUAUUUGCAGCUAUUGAAAACCUCUUACUCCGCGUUCAACCUGAUGCAAACUGGUCGAUAAUUAAAAAAUAAAAAAAGGAAUGAUUUGUGAAUAAUUCAAUGAAUACUCAAUUAAACGCGUCACGUAAUAUUGCAAUAACACUUAGAAUUGUUGAUUUUGUAUUUUGGAAAAACUUCUUUUACAUUGUAUUCAAAAUUAAAUUGUCAAAAUGAAACACUUUUAAAUUUUUGGACCCUUUCCAACUUGUAUCUAACAUUCAG